GUAUGAUUCCCCAACCAACAUUUACCACAUGUAUACAAACAAAUAGCUGCAACCGCCAUUAUCAUUGCUCCAAAUGCUUCCAAAUUUCCGGGACUUGAGAAUGAAAUGAAAGCGAAAUAAUUAAAAAGCAUUAUCGGUGGUAAAAUUGGAAAUUAAUUGAAUUUUUGGCUCCUAUAUAAAAAAAAUAAAGAAAAAGAAAACAAGUAUAUGAUGUACUUAUAUUCAACCACUUUCCCUUAUAAGGAAGGACUCCCAAGAAACUAGAUAAUCAAACUCUUUUUUUUCAUUACCACCUUUCUUCUUAAUUAUCUUUCCUUUACUUCUGAAAUUUAUACAGCUUCACCAAUCCAUUGAAGAUGGAUUAUCAUUAUAUUCUGGGAGGGAUUGUAGCUUCUAGUUUGGUUCUUUUGUUUGCUUUGCACGGUUUUGCUUUUGCAGCUAAGAAGAAGGCCACAAGUAAAAUUCAGGAAGAAAGUAAUGGUCGAAUUAUAAGGACAUCAGAAAAUGGAAAAUGCUCAACAGAAGCUUCAGAAGAUGUGGAUAUCGUUAUUGUGGGUGCUGGUGUUGCUGGUGCAGCCCUUGCUUACACGCUUGGAAAGGAUGGAAGGAGAGUGCAUGUUAUUGAAAGGGACCUAACUGAACCAGAUAGGAUUGUGGGUGAAUUGCUACAACCUGGAGGUUAUCUUAAGCUAAUUGAGCUGGGUCUUGAAGAUUGUGUGGAUGAAAUUGAUGCUCAGAGAGUCUUUGGAUAUGCACUUUACAAGGAUGGGAAGAAUACCAAACUUUCCUAUCCCUUGAAAAAAUUUGACUCUGAUAUCUCUGGGAGAAGCUUUCACAAUGGCCGUUUCAUUCAGAGAAUGCGAGAGAAGGCUUCAUCUCUUCCAAAUGUCAAGUUAGAACAAGGAACUGUCGCAUCUCUACUUGAAGAAAAUGGGACAAUCAAAGGGGUGCUCUACAAAACCAAGAGUGGACAAGAGCUCACAGCAAUGGCUCCUCUCACCAUAGUAUGUGAUGGUUGUUUCUCCAACUUGAGACGUUCUCUUUGCAACCCAAAGGUUGAUGUACCAUCUCAUUUUGUUGGUCUAGUUCUGGAAAACUGCAACCUUCCACAUGCAAACCAUGGCCAUGUUGUCUUGGCUGAUCCUUCUCCCAUCUUGUUUUACCCCAUUAGCAGCACUGAGAUUCGGUGUUUGGUUGAUGUGCCUGGCCAAAAAUUACCAUCCAUUGGUAAUGGUGACAUGGCUCAUUAUUUGAAAACAAUAGUAGCUCCUCAGGUUCCGCAAGAGCUGCAAUCUGCAUUUGUAGCAGCGGUUGAUAAAGGAAGCAUAAGAAGCAUGCCAAACAGAAGCAUGCCUGCAUCUCCUCAGCCCACACCCGGUGCCCUUCUGAUGGGAGACGCCUUCAACAUGCGCCACCCGUUAACUGGAGGAGGAAUGACUGUUGCUUUGUCUGACAUUGUUUUGUUAAGGGAUCUUCUUAGGCCUUUGCAGGAUCUGCAUUGUGCUUCUUCUCUUUGCAAAUAUCUGGAAUCAUUCUACACCCUUCGCAAGCCAGUGGCAUCUACAAUAAACACAUUAGCUGGGGCAUUAUACAAGGUGUUUUGUGCUUCCCCUGAUCCAGCUAGUAAGGAAAUGAGGCAGGCAUGUUUUGAUUAUUUGACACUUGGAGGUGUUUUCUCAGAUGGACCAAUAGCUCUUCUCUCUGGUCUAAAUCCAAAGCCAUUAAGCUUAGUUCUCCACUUCUUUGCCGUGGCUAUUUAUGGUGUUGGUCGUUUAUUGGUACCAUUUCCUUCUCCAAAACGCAUGUGGAUUGGAGCUAGAUUGAUUUCGGGUGCAUCUGGUAUUAUAUUUCCUAUUAUUAAGGCUGAAGGAAUCAGACAAAUGUUCUUCCCAGUAACUGUGCCUGCAUAUUACAGAGCACCUCCUGCCAAAUUUGCAUGAUUCAACACCGAUUCAAUACACAUCUAGGAUGGAAAGGCAUAAAAUAAAUAAAUAAGUGCAGAGGAACCGGACCCUCUUUAUACUGUGAUAGUGCUCUCAAAAGAAUAAUAUUAUACUAAUAGUCUUGAUGGGAAUUUUGGUGUAGGAGGAUCCAUGGCAUAGUUACAUAAUUAAGUGUGUAUUCUGGUGAACAUAAAAAGGAUGAAAUUUCUUUCACUUUUUUUAUUUGAGAAAGUGGGAUUUCUGUUUCAAAUGUAAUUAAACAGACUUUUUAAUGUUAUCCAAACAUGCUGUAAUGGGUAUGUGGUUCAUUUUAUUUUGAAAGAAAUAA